AUGGUGGAAAGUGAUAUUAGAGCUGCUGAUAACGUUGCUAAAAAGUCGAGAAGACGGAAGAAGAGAAGAACCACAGAAGUAUCGGAUUCUUCAGAUUCUUCAGAUUCUUCGUCAGAGGAAGAAACAAAGGCAUCUGAUACUGGUGCAGGUGAAGCACUCCAAGCAGCCUACCAGUUAUCAGAAGAUGAAGAUGAAAAAAUGCCAGAUGCUAGUGCAAAACCAGAACGUGAAACACUAUCUAGAAACACUAAGGAAUCGUUGAAUAAUAUUCCAUUUACAAGAACUGAACUGAAUGGUAAAUCAACACGAAAUAAUGAUGAUGUUUCCAUGGAUUUACAAAGGGUUAACGAGGCAAUUAAUGAUGCUAAACAGAAGAUCCGUGAAUCGAAAGAAGAAUCACAAUCUACAUCACAACUGAAAAAUUCUUAUUUGGAAUUACUAUUUGAAAACUACGGUGAUGAUAUAAAUUCCUUAAGAGAUGCACCUGAUUUUACAAGUAACUCAUUAAUUAUGAUUGCACAAGUUCUUAAAGAUGGAUCUUCUAUGUUCGACGUGGAAACUUUGAAGACCAUGUUAGAAACGAAAUAA